AUUAAUUGAUUGGUCGAGAUGUGUUUUCUGAUAGGUGGAGCUCAACCGGACGUACCGCAUGCACACCAUCCAGAAAACAGUGGGCAGCUCCAUCUACAUUAACUCCCGCAGCGUGUUUCUACGCAAGGACCUGAAGGAGGGCCGCUACGUCAUCAUUCCCACGACCUUUGACCCCGACCUGCAGGGAGACUUCCUGUUGCGCAUCUUCACAGAUGUGCCUGCCGCCUGCAAGGAGCUGACAUUAGACGAGCCGCCCCAGACCUGUUGGACAGGGUGCUGUGGGUAUCCAAAGCUGGUCACACAGGUGCACGUCCACAGAGCAGAUGGGCUCCAGGCUCAGGACUCCGAUGGAU